CAGUACUACACUACCCACAAUGCACCGCUCACUGUUGUCAAAAGUGUUGCUUUCUCGGGUCACUUAUCGAACUCUGACCGUGUCAGCCAGUUUAUUUUCCCAAACUUUACGAAAUAAUGCACAUGUCAGGCGCUGGCAUUGGGGAGAUAGGACACGGGCAAGGGCCCGGAGCGGGAUCGGCGCAAGGAAGCUGUAAUCCUCGUAAAUUCAGCGAGAAGAUCGCCCUGCACACUCAGCGGCAGGCUGAAGACACAGCGGCUUUCCGCGAGGUUAUGAUGGACGUAACUUCCAUCAGGUCACAGGUUCAGGCUGAGAGAAUCCGUGAAACCAGAAGCACGGUCCCAUACCACGGAGGGUCUCUGCCAAAUGUCAAUCAGAUUUCAAGAUGCUCUUUAGAAACCCAGUACCCAAAUUAUCUCACCCAGCAACUCUUAGAGGCAGAUGAAGGAUACAGAGACACACCGCCGAGUCCUUUUGGCAGAUCACAUAGAAGACAUUUUGAUAGCGCACCUUAUCUGUCUACCCACCUUUCUCCUCCUCGAGGUCCAGCCUGGAGAAUCUCCAGUAGGAACUGGUCCAGCUGUUCUGCCACGGAGAAGAGCAAGAUGUUCCAUCUUCCUCUGACAGCUCUGAACAGAACCAACUCUGAUUCGGCCCUCCACACCAGUGUGCGAAACGGCCAUUUGCAUGGCCACCCAAAAUCUGCCCAAGUCCUGAACCAUCAUACCAAACACAGCAUGUUUGCACAUUCAGUCCCGCUAAUCGAAGAAAAUGUACAGGAGGAGACAAUAUCUCCCAAAAUAAAAAAGCUAUCUUAUGUUGCAACAUCUGGAUAUGAAACACCUGUUGUUCACAACUUCCCACUGCCCAAUCAGCAGAUGUCUUCUCUCGCCGUCCCGUCGGCACUCAGUACGAGCGGCUCUCUUCCGGACCUCUCCAGCCUCCACCUGCCUUCUCCACUACCUGUAGGCCAGGAUUCUGAGCCCCACAACAGUGCAGAUCACCUGAGCAGUGCUUCCACGCACCCCAACAUUAUGUCCAAUUUUAACUUGCCCAGUCUGUCCACAUCUCUUCAGGCGUCUAUGAGUAAUCCUUUACUCCAGUCUUCGCUCAGCAAUCCCAACAUCCAAUCAUCGCUCAGCAGCCACUCCCUGCCCAGCUCCCUGAGCUCCACAUCCUUACACCUGUCACUUAGCAACUCCUCCCUGCGAUCAUCUCUCAGCAACCAGUCCCUGCAGUCCUCCCUUAGUAGCUCUUCACUAAGUAACCAGUCCAUCCAGUCAUCGGCGAGCCCCUGCAGCUACAGCAGCGGAAUCGGAGGGUCACGCUCUUGCUCCUCCUCCUCUCUCGCCGGUUCGCCACGUCUACCUGGCCACGCCCAUACUGCCGGAUCACGGAAGAGAACCCAGCUCAGCCCGCUCAUUGUGUCCGGUGGAGAUUCGCGCUGGCAGCAUCCAAAGCAAUUUUCACCAGCAGUGUCUCCAACAAUGUCUUCUAUAACACAGGGCUCUCUCCUCAACCCCAACAAAGCUCUUAAGGAAACAAAGCCACCAGCAUAUCCUUGCAGUCAUCUCCUUAAAUCCGCCCCUCCAAUGUCCCAUCAGCCGGUGCGGCAUUACUUUCCUCUGGAAGCACACCAGCAAUCUAUCCCAGAGAUGGAACAGUGGAGUCAAGAUUUUGCCAUCUCACACCGUGAACACCAACCACAACAUCAGCAGACACAUCAGACACAAUCAAACCUGUUUAAUUCACAGCACCACAUUCACAAUCAGACUCGACAGAUGCAGCAACAUUUACAACCACAGUCCAAAUAUCAACAGCAGUUACUGUAUCAUUCACAGACUCAAUUUGCUCAGCACCAACAAACCGUAAAGCAACCAUUUACACAAGCGCAUGUACAAUUCCAGGAUCCUCAGAUGUCUGAGGAGCAGUACCGGUGCACAAGGCGGUGGCAGUUACCAUGCCAACAGAGCCAAUAUCAAGGUCAUCUGCAUCAGCCUCAUCAACAGCCGCUUCACCCUGCGCCUUUACCCAACGCUCAGGAGGAAAGAUGGACUCAUGUGAUAAACCCACAAACGCAAGGAAAACAGCCUUUCAGGUCCUGCGUGCAGACGCAUGAGCAACCCAAACCGCAAUCUGAAUCUGAAGGAAAGAGUAUUUUAGACUCUAGAGAAGGUGGAAAAGUGCCAAGUUCAAGCUCAAAUGAAGGUUUUGAACUGAACAAGGAAUCUUACGUCGGCUUACAUCUCACCCCUAGGCAGGCGAAGGCCCUCUCUCAGCAGCUUGGUGUGCUUCAAAAGGAGCCACUAGGUGGCGGUAAAGGGUCAGAUCCUAAUGGUCAAACUGCGGAGAGCAGUGAACAGCCUCGAUUCAAGAACAACUUACCAAACCAAAGCGGAAGUGCUGAUGAGAUGCAACAUUUUAUCAACUUUCCUGAGUCAUUUUCCUGGCUGGAUCCGGACACAACAGGCCUGCCUGACUUAGUCCUGGAGUUUGACUUAGAUACAUUUGGCCUGGACAGUGAGGCUUUUCCCUCUCUGGAAGACUUGAGCUAUGCACAGAAAUAACUUGGUGUAGUCAUAAGGUGUAAUAAAAAUAAUGUACAUAUUAUAGGGAAAGUACUUUUGCAGUUUUAAGAAAGUUUUUAAGGAAGGUUAAUGUUGGUUUUUACCAAUUAACUUAAAUAUAGCGCUUUAAUAGGGAAAACGUAAAUUGGAUAACAAUUUUAAAUAGAUUUUAAUAAGAAGAAAUAUAAAUAGAAAGCAGGUCUAUGUGCCUUAAUAUUAAUAUUUUGGUUGUAAUUAAUAAAAAGUGAUAUUUAUGUACAGAUAUAUGGGGCUUGUUUCACAUACAAGGCUUAUCUUAAAGUCCCAGUGAAAUUACAAUGCUUUUUUCAUGAAAUAUUGCAGCGUUUAUUGUAAGCAGUUUAUCAAUGUGUGUCAUUCUCUUUUAUAAAUGUGUGUCGUAAUUGUUUAGUUAAAAUCUGAAAUGCACUUCCUUUCUUAAUGUCUAUCUAUCACAAAUGAUUUAUGUUAGACGGCUUGGGCGCAGCAUCCGUUAACUCCUCCCCUUCAACUGUCAGUCUGCUACCAGUUCCUUUUCCAAAUGCAAGGGAUAUUUUAUACAUCCAAGGAAAUUGCAGAGAAAGGCAAAAGCCACAACCACUAUUUUUCUCAUUAGAAAUUCCAUUUCAUCCGGAAAUAUGUCAAAAUAAGGAAGUAAAAACGAUCACAACUUCCAGUUCACGGGGACUUAAAGCUUUGUUCGUGGAACAGGGGAAUGAAGUUGUUUAGAAGUAAAAUUUUUGAAUUAUUACAGCAUAGAACAACUGCCAUUUUAAAAUGUAAUGAAGGAUCUUGGCUAUAGUUUAGGGCCGAUCUUUGUUAUUUUUAAUCACAAUAUUAUCAUGAUGGUAAAAUGAGGACAGAUUAAGCUCUUUAAAGUUAUUUCCCUAAAUCUUAAAAAUUCAGACUAGAUUUAAGGUUCAGCUUUACUGUAUGUGAAACUGAGAGUUAGCUCAUAUGUGGUAACAUAUCACAGCAUAUCCAUUUGCUCGCAUGUUAUAUUUUUGUGUUGUCAGUGGGGUCAUUUUUGUGACUUCUAUGACCAAAUGUCUUUUCAUGGAUUUCUGUAUUAGAUUUUUGUUGCAGUUUCAUUCAUAACAUAUAUUUUGAUAUACUGAAUUUUACUUUUUUGUGUUCUCCCUCUCUGGUAGAGGAAAUAUUGUUAUUUUCAGUGUUUGUCUUCAAUAUAACAUCAAAAGUAUUGAGAUUUUCUCAAUAAGUAUAUUGGAAUAGAUUUUCAUGAGUUAAUCACAUAAGAACAGUUCAAAUCUCACAGGAACAUUCACUGUAAAUCUCAAAAGUAUUGCAAUAAAACAUGCACUAACACA